CCUCCGGUGGUGAUGCAGUGAAGCUGCUCUGCGCACAAGCGAGCUCUCUCCGUAUAAAACGGCUCCUCUUCCUCACACGGAUUACACUACACGCGCUAAGUCACUGCGGCGCCGCUUUUCUCCUCCCGACCAAAGCAAAUCCCAAACCCAGAAAUUCCCAAGCAAUAUGCAGGCUACGGAAAACGGCAGCUUUUGGAGAUUUUGUCUAUUUUCUUGCCUCUUUUUGCAGAGUUCAUGCCAAGACUUUGGAGGACAGACGCAAUUCAUUUGCACCUCGGUCCCAAAGGACGUGGACAUAUGCGCGGCCACUUUGCAGAACAGCGUCCCCGGCGAGGACUUGAGAAGCACGGUGGUGCAGCUGAGGGAGACGGUCCUGCAGCAGAAGGAGACCAUCAUCAACCAAAAAGAGACUAUCCGAGAAUUGACCUCAAAGUUGGCGCGGUGCGAGAGCCAGAGCGGCUCCGAGGCCGGGGACGGGCGGCCCGGGGGCAGGAGGAAAGAGGCCGGGACCAAAAACACCAUGGGGGAUGUUUCCAGGGGCCCCGCCGACACUUUGGCGCAACUCUCACAGACUUUGCAGUCGCUCAAGCAGAGGCUGGAGAAUCUGGAGCAAUUCAGUCGAGGCAACAACUCGGUGCAGGCCAACAGCCUGAAAGAUCUGCUCCAAAGUAAAAUCGACGACUUGGAGAAGCAGGUGUUGUCCCGAGUGAACAGCAUCGAGGAGGGAAAACCUGGACUCCGGAAUGAGACGGAGCAGCGUGGGAGAGUGGAGUCCACCCUCACGUCGCUGCACCAGAGGAUCACAGACCUGGAGAAAGGUCAGCGAGAAAACAGGCCUCUGGAUAAAUUCCAGCUGACUUUCCCGCUGAGAACCAACUACAUGUACGCCAAGGUGAAGAAGAGUCUGCCCGAGAUGUACGCCCUCACCGUCUGCAUGUGGCUCAAGUCCAACGCCUCGCCAGGAGUGGGCACGCCCUUCUCCUACGCCGUUCCCGGCCAGGCCAACGAGUUGGUCCUCAUCGAAUGGGGCAACAACCCGAUGGAGAUACUCAUUAAUGAUAAGGUCGCGAAACUGCCGUUCCUGAUCAACGAUGGCAAGUGGCAUCAUAUCUGCGUGACGUGGACCACGCGGGACGGGGUUUGGGAAGCGUUCCAAGAUGGCGUCAAAAGGGGGAGCGGUGAGAAUCUGGCGCCGUACCAUCCUAUCAAACCCCAAGGCUUGCUGAUCCUGGGGCAAGAGCAGGACACGUACGGAGGAGGAUUCGACGCCACGCAAGCUUUCGUUGGAGAUCUGGCCAACUUUCACAUCUGGGAUCGGAAACUAUCCGUGGGAGAGAUUUAUAAUCUGGCCACGUGCAGCAGCAAAGCACAAGUGGGAAAUGUUUUCGCAUGGCUGGAAACCAGCCUGGAGAUUUACGGAGGUGCCUCGAAGUGGACAUUCGAAGCCUGCCGCCACCUCAACUGAAGCACCAGGAGGGAAGAGAUGAGUCAAUCCGGGGGACGAGGCCACCGUGGUCACCAUCGGAGGCAAAUAUCUGAGAAGGUAGAAAUGGGAGUUGGUCUCCAUACUCCAAAGAAAUGUCAAUGAAAGAUCUCAUUAAAAUGUGGUGCUUUCAUGCACGUCUUUAUGUACGGUCUCACUUGUCUGACUUGGCUCACCUCAGAGAUGAAAAAAUGAAAGAUGGCGAGAUGCAGAAGCUCACGCAGGCUUUGCCGACACAACUUUGAUGUCAUACAACUCAACUCAAAACAACUUCCUCUCGUCGUUCCUUUCCCGUUCUUCAUUGCCAGGGAUUUUCACUGUGACAAUGGACACAUGGUGGACAAAGUGGAUAAAGUGGACAAGGUGGACAAGGUGGACAAAGUGGACAAGUUGGACGAUGGGUUCCUCGUGGGCCAUUUGGCUCCUCCCCUUCUUUUCAUUCUCUGCUGCUGACUGCUUAGUGUGACGGGUGACAUGUCCAUUGCCAACGUUGGAGCCUGAGUGCCUUGGGCUGUUGCAAAGAAUCUCAGCACAUUCAUGAGUGUGUGUGUGUGUGUGUGUGUCUGUGUGUGUCUGUGUGUGUCUGUGUGUGUCUGUGUGUGUGUUCCUGCUGGUUUUCUUGUAAUUUAACGCGACAUAAAGGUGUUUAUCCUGACACUUUCCAUGAGGCGAACGUGUCCUGAAAUGCAAUCCAUAGGUGAUGAUGCCGAUGAUGACGAUGAUGAUGAUGAUGACUUGCAGAUGUUUGUACAUUAGCGGGAAUGUUCUCUGUACAGUAACAGCAUGUCUUAACGUGUGUAAAUGCUGCGUCAGCAUCUCUGAUCUUUGCUUUUCCUAUCGGACUUUCGGGGUGGAGAUUUUAUACUGCAUUGUUAUAUGCUUAAAGCAUGGCGGCACAGACAGACGAAGAACUUCUAGUUUUUGUAAUAAAUUGUGAUACUUGACUCAAAUACUGUGGAGACGCGUUUUUAUUCUUACGAGACGUGUGAAUUUCGGAUGAUAGAAAUUAUAACGUUCAAACAUUUUUGGUCGUCAUUAGGGAUCGACCGAUAUGUUUUUUUUUUAUACCGAUACCAAUUUUUUCUCCAUCACCCUGAGUCGAUGGCUGAUUUUGCUUGGACCGAUAUUUGUGGCCGAUACUGCUUUUGCUUCCUCAAUUUAUAUGAAAAAAUUACAACGAUAACAAAUAUUACAGGUCUCAAGUUAUAUCGGCGAAUCCACGCGCAUAUCGGAUGAUACCGAUUCAAGUAAAAAAACGCAAAUAUCGGCCCGAUAUAUCGGCCAACCGAUGUAUCGGUCGAUCCUUAGUCGUCAUACAUUUAUUUUGGCGGGGAAGCCGGGUUUAAACAUACGCCGGACUGGGGUUUACAUGUCAAUAAGCAGAAGAUCUAUUCUUUGUGAUCAUUAUUUGUCAUGAAUAUAUGAAUAUGAGAGUAAAGCAAGUUGACAACUCAAAAUUAUUUUCUUAGUCGAUUAAU